UUAUCGUAAGGAAAAAAAAAAAAUUAAAAAAAAAAAACAGCAUUUCUGAUUUCUUGGUGUUUUCGUUUUAAAAAUUCAAAAUUUUUUAGUAAUUUAUAUUUAUUAUUACCAGUUAUUGACUAUGUUUCUUACAUGCAAUGUUUUGACUUGAAUUGUAUUUUGCUUAUUGAUUGGUUUUUCUUCUGAAUUUAAUCGUUAAUGCGUGGUUUUUGUAGUUUUGAUUUAAUUUACUUUUUUGAUCAUUUCUUUUAGUAGGCUUUCCUCUAAUUUUUCAUGUAUGUAUUAACUUUCCAUUUAUCAGGGUCUUUGUUUUAGUGAAUUUUGAUGUAUUUAUUGGACGAAUUUGGUCUGCAUGUAGAUUUUAAUAGGUAAUAUAUUUGUCAUUGAGCAGCUUUUUAAGGCCGUUUUGAUUGUUAUUCUUCUUCUUAUUCUUAUUAUUUUUCUGGGUAAAGGAAAUCCUUUUGAUUAGCAAUUGAUUUUUAGCUCGUUUUGUGUUAUGUAGAAUUAACAAUGGUUUCCGUUAAAUGUUAUUCAGAAGCUUAUUUUUCACUUAUUUGAUAAAUUGGGUUGCAGAUACUGUCAUUUUGAUAGUGCUGUGAAAUUUAUGGUUUUUGAAAUGGAGUACUGUUGGAGCAUAAGAAUUUAGUUUAACCAUAGAAGGUAUCGGAUUUACUGCUUCUAGUUUGGUUGUGGUUUUAAAUAUUUACCUGGAAAGUAUAUAGUAUAAUGUAUCCUCUAUUGGUGCCUGAAAUGGCUGUAGAACAUGUUAAAAAAUGUCUUAAUCGUGCCUAAUAGUUUGGAUCAUUAGAUGGGUUUUAGAUGUGGAGUUUGUGUUAAUCUUCGAUGAAUUGAGGCAGAACUCUGGUUUUGAUCUUUGAAGGUUUGUAGGCUUACAUCUUUUUAUUUUUGUAAAUAUCUAUUUGGAGGAUAUAGCAUAACACUUUUCCCGAUGGAAUUUUUUGUGGAAGUGAGCUGUUACUUUAUAGAAAACCGGUGUUAUGUCGCAUAACCUGUAGGACAAUUCUGUAGGGACUGUACCUCUAGGUGGGCUAAGCUGUAUUAGAUUUAUGUCUGACUGAUUUUCCAUGUUUUUUAUGGAGUAUAUGUCUCAAACAUAUAAUUCUCAGUGGCUUGUGGGCAUCAGAUAUCUGUCUUGUAACCGUCAUAGAAUUUGAAAGAAUCAAACUGUUAUCUUGAACGGGGCCAUGGAAAAUCAUUACAGGGAGCAGGUUCUACCUCUUGGACAUAAUCCUCAUGGAGCCUAACGGUCAUAGGAGAGUGCAGAGAAAGGAUCAUUUUGGUAAAGAAAAUGGUGAUGUCUGUGAAUCAAGUCUUGGUGAAGAACUUGAUCCAUGGACUGCAUGGGCAUACAAACCUCGAACCAUUUCAAUGUUACUAAUUGGUGCAUGUUUUCUCAUUUGGGCUAGUGGAGCACUAGAUCCGGAAAGUGGUGCGUCUGGAGAUGUGGUUAUGUCUGUGAAAAGGGGCAUUUGGGCGAUGAUUGCUGUUUUUCUUGCUUAUUGCUUGCUGCAAGCUCCAUCUACGGUUCUUAUUCGGCCACAUCCUGCAAUUUGGCGCUUAGUUCAUGGCAUGGCUGUCAUUUACCUUGUUGCUCUUACAUUUUUACUAUUUCAGAAGCGUGAUGAUGCUCGGCAAUUCAUGAAGUUUCUACAUCCUGAUCUUGGUGUUGAACUUCCAGAGAGAUCUUAUGGAUCUGAUUGUCGCAUAUAUGUUCCAGAAAAUCCCACAAGCAGGUUUAAGAAUGUUUAUGAGACUCUUUUUGAUGAAUUUGUUCUAGCUCAUAUUAUUGGAUGGUGGGGCAAAGCUAUACUGAUCCGCAAUCAACCUCUUCUUUGGUUGCUUUCGAUUGGAUUUGAAUUGAUGGAGCUUACCUUCCGCCACAUGUUGCCAAACUUCAAUGAAUGCUGGUGGGACAGUAUUAUACUUGACAUUUUGCUCUGCAAUUGGUUUGGUAUAUGGGCAGGAAUGCAUACUGUUAGGUACUUUGAUGGGAAAACAUACAAGUGGGUUGGUCUAAGUCGUCAGCCUAACAUUAUUGGAAAAAUGUAUUUUCAGGUUAAACGAACAUUGGGUCAAUUUACACCAGCUCAGUGGGAUAAAGAUGAGUGGCAUCCCCUGCUUGGUCCGUGGCGUUUCAUUCAAGUUCUUACUCUUUGCGUUGUGUUCCUUACAGUAGAGCUUAACACAUUCUUUUUAAAGUUCUGCCUUUGGAUUCCUCCUCGAAAUCCUGUCAUAGUGUAUAGGUUGAUAUUGUGGUGGCUAAUUGCAAUUCCAACAAUUCGUGAAUACAAUUCAUACCUUCAAGACAGAAAUACAGUGAAGAAGGUUGGUGCAUUUUGUUGGCUUUCUGUUGCUAUUUGUAUUCUUGAACUUCUUAUUUGCAUCAAGUUCGGCAAUGGAUUGUAUCCGAAAUCCAUGCCAUUAUGGCUCGUCGUCUUCUGGGUAUCUGCAGGAGCUGCGCUCAUUAUAAUUCUGAUUGUUUGGUCCUGGCAAUUGCAUCAAACUUUUAAGAGAAAGAGGCAAUGAUUUUGCACUGAGCUACAUUAAUUCUUUGAUUCCUUUCCAGUUUUUGAGGUAUCCAUCUGGGUUGUAAAUACUGGUCGUCUUUAUUAAUUGUAAAUGCUUAUUCUCUUAGCUUAGUGCAUCACAGUUUCUUGAGCAGAGAAUAUCUCUAUUCUUUCUCGUUAGGCAGUGGGAAAAAUGCUUCUUUUAGAAGGGCUCAUGAGUUACUGCUUUGUCACCGUUACCGGCAAAUUUUUCCCUAGUCCGAGAAUGAGCCAUUUUAUAAUUUCAAUUUACAUGUAAUUUUUUUUUUCCUGUUUUGUUGUGUGAUUCAAGAAAUAUAUAUACGAAUUGUUGUGUUCCAUUUUUUGAUCACCCUGCUAUAUAAAAGUGCCAUGUAAUAAUGGCUUCCUUGUUUUCUCU